AGUAUCUCCCAUCACCCGGGUAACCACGUUCCUGAAGAGAUCAGUCCUCAGAGAAUGCCACGUUCCGUCACACACCGAAUCUUGAAAACCCAUUAUUUGACCUAAUCAGCCUACCGUACGGAGUAUUACAACAAUUUCCUACAGAGGAGUCUUAAUUCAUCGGAUAGAGUCAUGAUACAUGUUUGAUUCUUUGAUCUCUGCUCAAAUCCAGUCAAAUCGCAUUUCAUUCCGAAGCUUUUCAAAUUUCAGAAUUAAGAGCCUGAAGCCGCCUGCAAUGGCUCUUCCGCCCCUUCUUUCCUUAGCCAUCCCAUCGGAAACCGGCCGCGUGCUAAGCAUUCAGUCGCACACGGUUCAGGGGUACGUGGGAAACAAAUCGGCGGUGUUUCCUCUUCAAUUGCUGGGCUAUGAUGUGGACCCCAUCAAUUCCGUACAGUUUUCAAACCACACAGGAUACCCAACUUUUAAGGGCCAGGUUUUGAAUGGAGAUCAACUGUGGGACAUAAUUGAAGGUCUUGAAGCUAACAAUUUAUUAUACUAUACCCAUUUAUUAACAGGCUAUAUUGGUUCUGUUUCCUUCUUGGAGAAGGUUUUACAAGUUGUUGAUAAGCUUCGGGCAAUUAACCCUGAACUUGUAUACGUAUGUGACCCUGUGAUGGGUGAUGAUGGGAAGCUAUAUAUUCCUCUGGAAUUAGUGUCAGUGUAUCGCAAGAAGGUUGUCCCUGUUGCUUCAAUGUUGACUCCAAAUCAGUUUGAAGCUGAACUGUUGGCUGGUUUGAGUAUUACAUCAGAACAAAAGGGGCAAGAAGCUUGUAACAUUCUUCAUGAUGCUGGACCAUCAAAGGUUGUCAUCACUAGCAUCAACAUAGAUGGGAAUCUUCUUCUCAUUGGCAGCCACCAGAAAGCAAAGGAUCAACCCCCAGAACAAUUCAGGAUUAUGAUACCCAAAAUUCCUGCAUAUUUCACGGGAACCGGAGACUUGAUGACAUCGCUGCUGCUUGGAUGGAGCAAUAGAUAUCCUGAUGACCUUGACAAGGCAGCAGAACUCGCGGUGUCAAGCUUGCAGGCUCUUCUUGCGAGGACAUUGAGAGACUAUCAAAGGGCUGGCUAUGACUGCAAAUCGAGCUCUUUGGAAAUUCGACUGAUACAGAGUCAAGGCAACAUCUGCAACCCGGAAGUCAAAUACAAGGCUGAGAGAUACUCUGACUAAUUUUUCAUCCCCUUUGAUUCAAAGCCUAGUCCACACAUGUUGGCUUCUUUGGCUAUAUAGAAACAGAGACUGGUGCCCAACUUUGACAAUCAAUCCAAGAAUAUUUGAUCACCUGAAUUCUCUAACACACUGUUUGGUUCAAGCAAUUCGUAAGGAAUGUACUCUGCCCGAAAAAUGUCACGUAAAAAGUGGAAGUGUAAUUUUCAUUAUUUUUUGUGACGAAAUUAUGAGAGUAAACAUCAAAUUUCUUCCUUUGAUUCCCCUUUCUCGUCCCUCAUCUCGCCCUCCUCUUCUUACAAUAAUGUCUUGGAGUUUGU